CCUAACCUCACUCUGAACGAGUCCCUAUCUUUUAUGUGGUGCCGUUUCGCCAGUCUCCGACCUCCGUUAUGUUCUUCUAGUUUUCGCGUCUUCUUCGGUAAUUGAACGUUGUCAAAAUGGCUAGAGGUCCCAAGAAGCAUUUGAAGCGUUUAAAUGCGCCCAAGGCAUGGAUGUUGGACAAAUUGGGAGGUGUGUUUGCACCGCGCCCAAGCACUGGUCCACACAAGUUACGUGAAUCGUUACCGCUUUUGAUUUUCUUGCGUAAUCGUCUCAAGUAUGCGCUUACUGGUGCUGAAGUUACCAAGAUUGUCAUGCAAAGAUUGAUCAAGGUAGACGGCAAAGUGCGCACCGAUCCCAACUAUCCAGCUGGCUUCAUGGACGUUAUUUCCAUUCAAAAGACUGGUGAGCACUUCAGGUUGAUCUAUGAUGUCAAAGGUCGUUUCACCAUCCACAGAAUCACACCAGAAGAGGCUAAAUAUAAGUUGUGUAAGGUAAAGAGAGUUCAAACAGGACCUAAAGGUGUACCAUUUUUGACUACACACGAUGGGCGCACAAUCCGUUAUCCAGACCCGAACGUUAAGGUUAAUGACACAAUUAGGUACGAUAUUGCAUCAUCCAAAAUCUUAGACCACAUCCGAUUUGAAACUGGUAAUUUAUGUAUGAUAACUGGAGGUCGUAACUUGGGGCGUGUUGGUAUUGUUACCAACCGGGAAAGGCAUCCAGGAUCUUUUGAUAUUGUUCAUAUUAAGGAUGCUAACGAACAUAUCUUUGCUACCAGGUUGAACAAUGUAUUCAUUAUUGGUAAGGGCCAAAAGAAUUACAUUUCGUUGCCAAGGAGUAAGGGAGUGAAAUUGACCAUUGCUGAAGAACGUGACAAGCGCUUGGCUGCUAAGUCUAAGACUAGCAGACGUUAAUUGUUUGUGUUUGCAUCAUCAUGUAAUUUGAAUAAAUGACAUUUAUUUAAA